UAAAUCAUUGUGACUAGAGGAAAUUAAAACGGUCAUCAUGUCUCAGGAGUACGCACAGCAUGUGCUAAAGGUGGCCGUAGCACAAAUAUGCCGAACGAUCGGGUGGCAUUCAACCCAUGCCUCGACAAUGGACCUGUUGAUCGAUGUAACGCAGCAUUUUUUGCGUGAAAUAUCGCGCAUCAUGCACCGGUAUUGUGAGCUGUACAACCGUACCGAAGCUAACCUGGACGAUCUGGCCCUCGCGUACAAGGAGAUUGGUAUUAAUUUGGACGAGCUGAUGGAGUACGUACAGUUUGUCGACCCGAUUCCACUGACGCUGGAGGUUCCCCGUUUUCCGUUGCCAAAGGAGUCCAACUUGAACUUUUUGAAACCGGGAAGCAGGGAGGUGUUAACGCGCCCGGUGCACAUACCGGAGUACAUGCCACCGCUUAUGUUCGAAACCGAAGAGGACGGCACCGAACGAAUCGGUAACGAUGAUGAGAGGCGAGCCGCGUUUGGGGACGCAAAAAAUUUGCUCAACAGUGCGGCGAUCGCGAUCGCUACCGUGGCUGCGACAAUGUCGUCCGAUGCGAGAGCGAUAACGGAUGGUGGUUGCAGUGGGAUCGGUGUCGCCAAGGAACCGGUAUCGAGCAUUGAGGAAGUAAGUAGUACGGGUGAAGGCGUAGAUGAUGGUUCUAACUUACCCCAUGCUGUUAUCAAUGAAGAGGUGGAAAUACCGAUGCAAACAAUUGAAGUAAAGGAACAACCAACUGAUACAGUUGGUGGUGAUGAGGAAUCCGCCACUGCAAGCAAGCGACCGAGCGAAACCAUCGUGAAGGAGAAACCGGCGCCGAGCGACGACACGGCAGCUGGUGGGUCGAAAACCGCCACCGCAACGGAAGAGGGUCGUCCGACGCGAGAAAUCAGCAGCGUCAUAAUGACAACAUCUGGGUUCAUUUCACCAGCACGCGAAGGUAAACUGCCCGAGUCACGCAUUCCCAUCAUCCCGGAGGAACGGCCGAUCCAGCAACCGACACCGGUCAUUUCAACCGUACCGCCACUAGCCGCCACCCACCUGCAGAUGGCUUUACCGUCCGGUGCGGCCAUGGCCGGUGUACCAUCGCUCGCCGGUUCAGCUCCUGUUUCAUCAGCAGCCCUGCUCGCUUCGGCGGGUGGUAACUAUUUUCCCAAACCUAACGCAACCGAUGGUACGCUAGGUGUUGGUGUGCCGCCAGGCACACCGGGCAGUGUUGGUAUGGGUGUACCGCUCGAUCCAUCUCAGCCACCAACGAAACCCGCCGGUGAAAAAUCAACGAAAAAGGUAAAAAAGAAACCAGUCGAUCGGGAGAAGAAGAAGGCGGAAAAGGGUGCGGGAAAUGCGGCGCGUAAACAGGACAAGCAUGCUGCUGGUGAAAAGAACACAAUGGUGAAGCAACACACCACGCUGGAUGCAACCAUUGAGCAUGUGGUAAAGGAGGAAACGGAUUUUACCACACCAUUGCCACCGGAUGCGUUGCUGGCUGGAAGGGUCGCGGAUAAUCUUGGUAUAGGAAGCAACCCGUACAUUAAAAAUAGCUUCAUCAAGCCGGAAGGGAAUGAAGCGUUGAAAGCGAUGGAAAGUAUACCGGGCGCCGGUUUGGUAGCACCGAACGUAUCCGGCAAAGCGGCAAAACCGGUCAAGGUAAAGGUGGUAAAGGAGAAGGCGGUUAAGAAGCGCAAAUCAGCCGCACCUAAAUCGGUACCCGUCCCGGGAGAAAUGUUAAUCGACGACCCAACACUUCUGAACCGGCAGUUACCAAUACCAAACUUCCUACCAUUCCCAACGCCAAAGCCAAAGAAAGCGCCGAAAUCAUCGAAAAAAGCGGCCAACCAGCGUGGUCAGUUUGAUGCGGUGGAUCUGCCACCGCCGCUGAUUGGACCACUUGGGCUCGGUACAUCGGUGGGUAAUCCUACGCUGGUUGGUCCGUUGAGUGGCGGCUCGUUGCCACCAGUAAAGCCGGACCACCUGUUCGGUAUGAUGCCAAACGCUGCUGGCAUUGGUUCGUCCACAACGGCUGCCUUAUCGUUGCCGCUGAAAAAGCCUCCGAUCGGUCCAUUUAAGCAGGAUGAGCACGAAGUGCAGCAGGUGGGCACAAUCAAUCCGCUGGUCGAUCAGGCGACACAGCUGAAUCUGCUCCAGAAGAUGCAUCCGAGUCUGGAAAUUACGGCCUCGCCGAGUAUCGCGUCGCAGGAGGUGCAUGAAAAACCACUAACACCGGGCCGGAUGAUAUUUGACGGGAAGGGAAUGAAACCGGACACAACGAGCGAUCGGGAUGUGAUCGUGAUUGAUGACGAUAAAUCACCACCGCACGUUUCGAGCCUACAAGCUACUAUGACAACACCAACCAACAAGAAGCAACGUAAGCAAGCGGCACACACAAACGUACCGGGUGGUGUCAUGGGCAUGCACGGACAAACGUUCGGGCUGGGAGCGGUUGGUGGUGCGUACGAUGGUGAAUACCGUCCGGAUGAUCCGCUCAAUUAUUCACCCCUGUCGAAUGUUCCGAAAACUCCCGACAUUCGGCUGCACUCGUCCUCCUCCUCGACGCCUUCGUGGAUGAACGAGUCGCCGCGGCUGGCAACGCCGAAAAAAGGCACCAGUAAUCUGUUUUCCGAACUGUCGUCCAAAACGCUAACGGAAUGUAUGGCACCGAAUCGGACACCGGAAGCGAUCAAACCGACACCGUUGGCCGAUGGUGGGAAGAAACCGAAGCGACCGAAACAGAAGCCGAAAACAGAUGCUAAGCUGGGCAAGUUGGCCGACGGUAGCAAAAAGUUGGAGCAGGAGAAUCAAAAGUUCGGCAACAUGCCGGGACAGAACCCGUUUGCGCUUUACCCCGGUUCGAUGAAUCCGUUCGCACCGGAUGCGAGUGUGUACAGCAAGUUUUUGAAUCAAUCACUGCAAGCGGUCGCGGGUAUGCGCAAUCCCAUGCCGUUCGGUAUGUUUCCACUAGCAUCCGGUCCUGGGCUGAUACCGGACAAUCCACUCUUCCCGCGAUUGCCACCGACGUACCCCGGGCAACAUAGGCCCGGGUUUCAGCUGCCGCCGAACCCGUUCGUACUGCCCGGCAUCAAUCCGAUGAACCUACUUCGCAUGCCGACGCUCGCCAAUCGCUUGCCGGGCAUGGCCGGUAUGGGAGGUCCCAGUGGAAGUCAACGAGAUUUCCUAGACGAACCGCUCGAUCCGGAGACGAAGCUUGCCCAGACGCCGCUCGACCUGCAGAAGUCAACCUGCAAUGUAGCACCCCUGGUACCGCCAUCGCUUUUCCAAAGCGCCACCGAAAGCAUGACACUCGGCGGUGGGGCAAACGAGUUGCUCAACUUAUCCGUCAAAUCAACCGCGUCGCCGGCCAUCGGCCGGGAUACGAUUGUGACAGCGCAAACGAUGUCCACCAAGAAGGAAACGGUGGCGGUGUCCAGUGGUGCUGGCAGUAGCAGUAGCAUUAGCUCGCAGUCUAUCUUCGGUACGGCGUCAAGCGUUAUGUCGACCUUGAAGGAAGGAAAACCCGAACCGGUGCGGGAAGCGUACAAGGAGGAUCAGGUUGUUAUACUGCCGGCGGCAAGUUUUUUGCCUGGUGCUAGUCCACCGCAGCGUUCCAGCAUGCUGGUAGUCGAUGUGGAUGAUUCCGACGGUAGCCAAUCGACGGCCGGUGGCAAGAGCAAGGAUGGCAAGCGCAAGCAAAAAGAGCACAAAAAAGAUCGCAAAUUGAAGGACGGUAAGAUAAAGAAGAAGAAGGAUAAAAAGGAUAAGAGCAAGAGCAAAGAUCGCGAUCGAGAGCAGCUCAAGGAGCUGACCGCCGGUACAGCGACCUCACCCGGCGUUAUGACGAUGGGUAUGAUCGGUGCGGAAGAGGCACUGAUGGAGCAGCUGCGCAAAGAGCGCAAGGAAAAGAAGGAAAAGCGCAAGGAAAAGGUAAAGAAGGAAAAGCGCAAGGAAAAGGAGCGUAUCGGAGCGAUCGGCGGUAGCAGUGGUUCGCCGGGCGGUACCGUCCAAGCCUCCGCUGGACCGUCGGCCAAUGCUGCCGGUGAGACCGUGCCCAAACUGAUGCUCAAGCUCGGUGGUUCCAACGCAACGCAAUCGCCCCGUUCGGAAACACCGGAUAAAGCGUACAUGGAGCAGUUGCUGCUCGGGGCCGCCUCUAUGGCCGAUCCGAAGCGGGACGUAUCGCCAGAACUUGCGCGCAUAUCGGCACUCGUAACGCGUCCACCGAAGCUAAAAGGAACCACCGGUACGACCGUUGCUGGCAAGAGCAAAAAGGAUGAUGCGGGUAAGAAUGUUCCGCUCGGAUCGCCCUUACCACCAAACACCGGUACAGAGCAGCUGAAAUUACAACCAUCCACGGACACGGACGAAACGUUCGCCACAUUGAAGCAAUCGGUAAAGGUGAACUUCACAACGAGUACGGCCGGUAGCACGACCAGUGCACUCGUGAAUUAUGCCGCCACCGAUGACAGUAGUACCGGUGCGGCCGGCACCUCAACUGGCCGAGGCUCCAAAGUGGCCCGCCUUGCGGACAAUGUAGCAGAUGCGGGGGUGAAACCGUUUGCCGGUGGGGAAACGUCGAAAAAGGCGGUAAAGGAAUCGAAGGGUUCGAAAUCGGUUCACCAUCACCAUCAUCAUCAUGCGGCGCCGGAAACGUACACCACGCCCGUGCACAUGACGGACGUGGACGGGAAUACGGUAUGGAUCUGUCCGGCGUGCGGGCGGGUAGACGACGGCACGCCGAUGAUUGGGUGCGAUGGAUGUGACGCUUGGUACCAUUGGGUGUGCGUUGGCAUACAGGUACCGCCGGAUGAUAAUGAAGACUGGUACUGUCGGGUGUGCAUCGCAAAGAAGCAGGACACACAAGCGGACGAGAAGCAGCGGAAGCGUAAAAAGAAGGACAAGAAAACAUCGAAAGAUUAAGUACACUGCAGCACUGCAACCAGUAAUGAUCAACACAAUCGUGACAUUUUGGUCAAUGAAGUAAGAAGGUUGAGGUAAGUUGGCUAGUUUACCCUUUAAAACAUUUACUUUAAGCGCAAUAGUUUCAUGCAAAAUAUGUAAUGGCAGUAACAAUUACUUUCCAACUUGGUACCACGAACCAUAUUGUGCGUAAAUUCAAAGCAGAAGAAUAACAUUUUCUUGAUCGAUUGUAAAAAAAAACAUAGUAAUGUUGAGGAAAGUUCCACAUCGUUGUAUACUAUCUGCAUUCAACGUUAACCAAUACGUUCGCAAUGUUCGGUUUGACCGAAACACAUCUUAACUGUUUAAUGUUAGGAAAAGGAAUUGAACGUGUAAAAGCUUAUUAUCGCGUUAAGUUAAGUAGGGCGAAAAUGGAAGGAAUUCAAAUUCGCGUCUCGUGACAUUUUUAGAAGUUUUUUUUUUGGUAUGUUUAUUUUGCUAACAUGUUGUAGUAUAUAAUGUGCUAACAUGUUGUAGUAUACAAUGUACGUCCAUUGUGUUAUUUAUAGUGACGACUUGCUGAGGUCAUAUUUGCCAUAUGGCUUAGUUGGUAUAGCUUAUGAUUAUUUUUCUUAUGCAUUUUGUCAUUAAGACGUUUUAGGUUCUAUACAUUGAAUUUUAAUAGAAAUAGUAAUUAAAGAAGUAACGCUUAUUAGGGCAUGAAAUAGAUCCGUUCGGUGAUGGUACCGGGGAACAGUUUCGGCUGCGAGCCUGCUACAAGCGGAUAAAGCGGAUGAAACAGUGCAUCAAGAGCAGAAGAAUUUAACGAACUAAAUAAAUGUGUACAGUCUCUUCCCGAGUUACGCAGUAGCGAGAUAUAGGGAUUUAAAUAAAGAUACAUUUACAAUUACAGUUUGUACAUUUACAAUUUUAUGCGUGGAUUUCAAACUCUAAUUUAUCAAAAUUCAAAUAUUGUCAAAAAACGCGUUAUGUUUUAUUUUUAUUAAAAUUUAUCUUCUCCUUUAGUGGCACUACAACCUCAAGAGGAGGUCUAGUCUUGCCUUGUUUUUGGGUUUCGUUGACUUUUUUUUUUAAUUUACCUAUAGCUGGAUACGAUGUUCUGCAUUAUAAAAAUGACCUUUGGUUGAAUUUUGACUCCAGUUGUCGAAAUAAAUGUAGAAUAUCUUUAUAAUGACAUGCGACAGGAAUGUCGAGAAUCUUUAACCCGACAUGCCCGGCAAACGAGUCGUAACGACAAGAAGGAAAAACAUAUUUGUAUUAGGGAUGAAUUGAAAUACCUUUCGUUUCAUUUAUUGAAGAAAGUGUGUAAGUGUAAAGUGACAAUCCGCGUCGGUUGGCAUUAUAUGUUUUUUUUGCGGUAGAACACAAUAUUAAUAAUUUCACAUUUAAGGUGUCUAAUUGUAGCUUCAUCAUGCAAAAAAGAAACAAAACAAGCUGUAAAUUGU